AUGCGCCUAUGCGUUCGAGCUCAUACAGAGUCGUUUGAGGGUUACGAACGCAUGUUUGGCAUACACAAUGGACUGCGAAGGUCACCCGCACCUACGGAGACCGCAGAGAACCACAAGAAGGACACGUUUUAUGAUGAAUUCAAUACGUUGAUGUCCAAGAUACCAAGCCAGCAGGCGGUAAUUGUCGGAAUUAAUACGAAAGCAAUGAUCGGACCUGAACAACAAUCCGACGUGAUCGGAAAAUGGUCCUAUCCCGAUGAGCAGACAUCGGGCAACGGAAAUCGUCUGAUAGACCUUUGCGGGCAGACGAUUUCCGUUGUCAUCAUUGCAUUCACGUUUAAGAGGAAUCAUCGACGCCAUCAGCUGACGUGGCACAGGACAACCCCAUUAGCGCCAAAAGAGCAGCAAAAGCUGCAGAAGAUACCGACUCAACUCGAUUACGUUCUGACGAAGAAGAUAUCUCUGUCAGAUAUCCGAAAAUCUAGAGCUGUCUGGGAUGUUGCAUUCGAUUCCUACUACUGCCCAGUUCUUCUCAGCUUUAUGAUACGGUUCCAGAAAAGGUAUCGGUUAACUCAACACCAGUCGAGGUUCGACUUGACAGGACUCUGCGAAGAAAGAGCUCCCGGUUUUAGCACUGAGAAAGAACUUCGCCUUUGCAUAUGCGGAGACAAUAUCCACGUACAAUUCUGUGCCCUCUCUACUGGUGACUUCAGUCAGGAGAAGCAUCUAAGAAGGAGAGCGAAGGGGUUUAAGAAGGCAUGGGAGGACAAGAACCCGAGAAAAGCCUAUACCCUGCUAAGGCAGUAUGGCGACAAGAUGAAGGGUUGUUCGCCUGUCCUGAACAUUGCCAACAGAGUUGCUGUCGGGAAAGCAACCCUGCUCAUCUGGAGGGAGCAUUUUAACACUUUGCUGAAACGACAAGCGCCGCCACCCCCUGAACCAGUGCGCGCCCGAAGACAGACAUGCACCACGGUCAGCGAAGAGCCACUGACGGAGUCGGAGGUUCUAGUCUGUAUUCAAAAAAUGAAGAAUGGAAAAUCUGGCGGAGACGAUGGAAUUAGCGCAGAAAUGUUGAAAUCUUUUCCUCCUUCUGGGAUUCGUGAGAUAACGAAGAUCAUCCGCUCAAUAUGGAUCGACGAAAGGAUUCCUGACUCGUAG